ACAUACGCAGACAAUUGUAGCGGGAAAACGCUACUUGACGUUGCCAUGGUCGGAAAACCCUUCUGAUGCGAGAGGGUGGUUUGCAUUCCCACGAGCGCCGGAGAGAACUCCUCGGUGAGAAAUGGUUGUGUGUUUUGGAGUGAUAAUUUCUGCGAAAUUUUGCGCAACUGUAGUGCAGGACUGCCGAUUCUUCACGGUUGCCAUAGAGUAAGAGCGGGAGCGAGCGAAUCGUUUUAGUGAAGUUUUAUCGCUGCUGUAUCGUUCGGAAAAAGGGGGUUUCACGAAGUGCCGAAGAGUGCCUGCGUAGGGCGCAUAAAUUUUCCUCGCCGGCGACCUGACUGUGACUCUAUACGUACUUAUCGGGUAUGUGUUGGUGUUGAUCGGGUGCUGUAUCCUUAUUUCGCGAGUGUGACGUCGCGGAUUUAUCCUUCUCCUUCGAUGGACUCGAGAAUCGGCAAGUUCAAUUCGCAUUCAGUCAAGGUUGGUCGUUCGGCAUGAUCGUAUGCCGAGGUAAAAGUGCGCGUAGCUUGUCCCCACCGUUAAUGGAAUAGGUGGACUACGGUUCCAGAAGAUUGAUAUCAAGUGUAUGGUGUACUGUCUGGACAGUGGAAGUGUAUGGAAAUUUUCGCGAAGUGAAGAAGGAAAGGAAUGCUGUGAAGUGCUGUGAAAAGCAAUAGAAAAGAAGAAAAUUUUAACGUGGGAAGUAUAACAGCUGGCACAGAAUGCAGUCUGGAAUGUUCGGUUUGCGUUGAACCGGAAGUCCCCGGGACAAGCUACGCGUACUAUUACUGGACCUUCCUUGUCAAAGCCGCUUUUCCGGACCUGGCCAGUUUGGAUUUUAAUUCGUGGUGAAAUCCUUUGGUGGAGUCGAUUUUUGCCAGCGCCCUGCAAACUUUGUGUGGAGGAAUUUUCCCAAGCUGGGGGAUCCACCCUCUCUCACACUGCAUUGAGGUGCGUCAUCUACGUAUUUAGUGUGCAAGAAGCACCAACACUGUUGAAAACAAAAGCAACAACAUUAUUGGACUGUGUCGUCGCUACCGUCGUCGUCAUCAUCGUUGUGUUGCAGAAGAAUAGUCCCAUAGUUUGCAAGGAUGGCGUUGGAGAAGAAGCUUAACGAAAUCAUCGUUUUGAACGAGGGAUACUCCUACAUGGAGAAGGAUGACGAAUCGGUGAUGAUUGCGAACUGCACCUGCACCCUAAUCAAAAGCCACGAUUGCAAUAUCAUAGUCGAUACUAUGACCCCUUGGGACAGCGAUCUACUUUUGCAAAAAUUGCAGGAAAAUCGCCUGAAACCCGAUGACAUCGCUUGGGUGGUGAGCACUCAUGGACACUCCGACCAUCUGGGAAAUAACAACCUCUUCCUCAAGGCAACGCACAUCGUAGGAACUAAUAUCUCCCAGCGGAAUCGUUAUUUUCUCCAUGAUUUUACAAGUGCUCCCUACCGGUUGACGGAUACGAUCGAAAUCGUCGCCACGCCCGGUCACACUUUGUCCUGCGUUUCGCUGCUGGUACGUGAAGGCUGUCUAUCGAGUUCAUCGGGUGCCGCUAUUCCCGUCGGAACAGUGGCCAUCGUGGGUGAUCUGUUCGAACGAGCUGACGAUAUCGCAGACAGUGCCCUCUGGAUGGAAGCAGGUAGCGAGGACUCCAAAUCGCAGCGACGCAACCGUGCCCGGAUGGCAGCCAUCGCUGAUUAUAUUGUGCCCGGACAUGGACCGUGGUUCGCCAUUGAUCAGCAGAUCAGAUCGGAGCUGGAACGGCAGGCUGAGGAGAAGGAGGUGGUGGAGGAGGAGUUGCAACCAAAGGGCAAGGAAUGAUCCCAAAGAAACUGGAAAAGAAGGAGACGACGAAGCACGCACAGUUCUUUUUUUAAAUUAAUUGAUAUUUAUUUUGAAAUUUUGCCAAAAUUUGUGAAGGUUUGAGUUUUGUGUUAACUGUUGGAUUAAUGGUUCAAAAUGGUUUAUUAGAAUGAAAAUAAUUGAAAGGUGUGCUAAAUUGGAUUUGUUGCUUUCGUUGUGCUGAAAAAGAAGCUUUAUUUCAACAAAUGAAAAGAAAAGUGAUCAAGUUUGCUUUCAAUGUGUGUUUUUUUGAACAAAUUUUGGUUUCACGAGUUUGUAUCAGUUAAUAAAAGAAUUUUGCAGGAUUAGGAAUCCACAAAAAAUAUAUUGAAACAAAAAAGAAGAAAUAUUAAACAAGCACGAUAUUAAUAUGCAAAUUUAUGAUCAUACAUGUAUGUUAGUGGAAUUAGAGUUUCAAGUUUCUUAACAAUUAUGUAUUUGUGACAUGGUAAAAACACGUAUUAAAAGAAAAAGCAAACAAAAAUGUAGUAGAUUUAAAUGUUUAAUCUUUGUUCGAAGGAAAACAAAUAGUUCUACAAUUGCAGUUGAACGGUACCAAUUUCCAAAAAGGUUGUGCUGAAAUAAGGAAACAAACACAGUAGUAGAGAACCAUGUUUUGGACCCGUCCGGUUCUGUAGGAGCAUGGGCGGGCCGUGCUUCAGAACAAGAAUGCCAAUGAACACAAAAAUAUGCAAACUAAAAUACUAAAUUAUGAUUGUUUAUUUGUUUAGAGAAAUUAGAAUCGGUACAUAAUAAUACAUCGUUUCAACAGAAAGGCUCGCAAUGGACAACAUCUCAUUCAGAAGCCGAAUGAAAGUAUCAACAUCAACUUUCACACUAUUUGGAUCUAAUUCGAUUUAAAACCGGAGAAUAACAUCAACGAACGGAAGUAACAUCUGGAAAAGAGAAAAGGAAUGCUAAUGUCACUUAUAUAAAGCAAAACACUAAUCAAUGUUGUUAUGAAAAGACAAAUGUUUUUCACUAACCACUAACCAUUAUACGCAGCAGAAUGAUCAUUCAUACCUAACUUCAUGUAUCAAAACUCAUUUCAAACUUAUUCUCUCUUCACCUCGAAGGAGCUCAUUGAAAAAUCUAGUGUUAGGCAUAACCUCAUGCAAAACUGAUAACCGUUAGGACGGAACCGGGUCAGUAGGCAGUCAAGUCGAAAACCCGGCGCCAAAUAAGCAAAGUUGAAAGAUACAAUAAAUAAUGCAAAAAAAAAAACAAAAUUUACAGCAGCAUGCAGCUGUAUCUUUUACUAGCAGAGUAUAAACUUAUUAGCCGUAGAAGAGUGUACUGUAAUAAGGAAAUAGCUUUAAGACCUAAUGUUAAGAAAGCAGCAGCAUGAUCAUUCUUUAAUAUUGUUCAUAUUAUGAAGAAUAUGGAUAAUAUAAUGCACAAGACGCAAAAAAUUGAUGUCUUGUUGAGAAUAUAUUAUAAAUUGUUAAAGAUAAAAGCAAACGCAUAUUAAUAAGAAAGUUAAAUAAUUGAUAUGCUUUAAAUUACCAAAUAAGCAGCAGCAUGAUUUCAACUAUAUGAGCUAUAUCUGUAUGGAAAAAGCGAAAAAUAUCAUUAUGCAAUAUAAAGAAAACAUAUAAAUAUCCAAUAACCAACCAACCACUUGAUUGUAUUGCAUGAAGCAAACUACAAGCAAAUGGACCGCAACGGCAAAUGAAAACGAAAAAACAAGAAAAAAGAAGAAAAAACAAAACAAGUCGAAAACCAAUUAAUUAUCCUUUACAAAAAAAGGAUGACACUCAUUCUGUGCAGAGAAGAGGCACAUAAUGAUUCACUGUAGAACUCGAAAACCAUCUUUAACAACUAUUCAAAAAGGGCAAAACAAGAGAAGAACAACUGUAUGAAUUUCGAAAAUCAGCUGUGAGGCUAACUAAAAUCUCAGCCUGCACAGUGGAACAAUCUAAGAGAAGAACAUCAAGAUCAACCAAGAAGAAGAAGAAAAAACAACAACCACAACAGCAAAACAAA